AUGUUUGAGGGUACGGGUGGCCAUGCAGCUGGGAGCUUCAGCGCGCAAGCCGUGCAUGUGCUCCGGGCAGAAGGGCGGAGGGGGGGUCUUGCUUACAGCCCCGCGCACUGUCUCUUCGACGCAGGCUGGGGCUCCAUGAUGUUCUCGCUGAGCACUGAGCCGCCCUUCGACGGGGUCUUGGCCGUCUCUGAGAUGUCGCAACGCGGCCCGGGGCGGAGACCGCAGCCCUUCGUGCAGCCAGUGGCCAACGGGACAUCGUCACUGGAUGCCCUGGUGGACGCGGCCGACAGGGUCUACAAGAGCUGGGUGGCCAGGCACGCGAAGACGCGGCUCAUGGAUGGCGCUGCCUGGGGCACUUGGGUCUGCAGCGCCGCCUCCGACUGGGGCUGGGAGCUGUGCCCAGAGAACUUUACAGAGCAGGUGAAGCUGGCCCAGCGCCCGCUGGGGGACGGCCGGGCUCUGGUGCGCCUGCAGCUGGCGGUGAGGCUCCCGGCCGCCUGCGCCGCGGUCCUGCUGCCGGAGCCCCGCUCCGACGAGGGCUCCUCCCCCGACCCCGGCAGCGUCUUCCGGCGGCAGCGGCUGCUGCGGCGCCUGGGGCCCGGGGACGCGCUGCUGCAGCUGGAGGCAGACCCGGAGGAUCUGUGGUUCAAGGUGCUGGCAGCAAACCUGCCAGACAGCUCCAAGCUGCUGGAGCCUCAUCCAGGGCGCUGGGCGUCGCGCGGUUCCUUCCCAGAGGAGGGCAUGCGCACCGUGAUCCUGGCAUCCAGUGCCUCUGUUCACCUGGGCUAUGCGGUGACAGUUGCGGCCUGCGGUAGGAAGAAGCUGCAGGUCACCCGCCUGGUGGUGGCACCGGUGGACCCCUUGCAGUUCCGCCUCAAGCGUUUGGCCCGUGCCGCCGUGUCGCGGUCCGCCGCCGCGUGGCUCACGUGGCUCUUCGCAGCCUGCGAGGAUGACUACGUGGUGCUGGGUCUGCGCAACUGCGAUUCUGGGCCGCCGCCCUUGCCAAGCUGCGAAGCCGCGAUCUCGCGGCCCUUCGACCUUGAGGGGUGGAGCUGCGCGGAGGAGUCUCUGGGCGAGUAUCUCCGGACCUUCUUCGCCGUCCUGGGCCUCGGCGUGGAGGUCUUCGACCACCUGGACGGUCGGUGCCUGGCGCCGGACCAGGCUGUUCUGCGGCGGGCGCAGUGGGACGCGGCCGCGGGGCACUUCCUGCCGAUGUUUCGGAACGCCAGCAUGGCCUACAGGCGCAUGGGCUGCAGCAGUUGCCUGGAGCUCAUCGAGGCGCCGCCCGUUUUCAAGGAGGCGGCGGUGGAAGUGUUGGCCGCCCUGGAUGCUUUGGACGCUUCGGGCUCUCCUUGCCUCAACACGCCGAGCCCGGAUGUCUUCUUCCUCAGCUCGGAGCCGAGUCAGAAGGAGGGGGACUGGUUGUGCCCGGCGUGCAGCAAUCACAACUUCGCAGACAAGCUGGUGUGCAACAGGUGCCGCUUUCCCAAGGACCAGGCGAUGGAGGGAUCCGAGGCGAAGCCGCCGGUGAAGACGGAGUCCGACGUUCGGCCGGGGGACUGGAUGUGCCCCGGCUGCGGCAACCACAACUACGCCAGCAAGAUCAACUGCAACAGGUGCAAGAUGCCCAAGCCUGGCGGCCCGAGGCCCGGGCAGCCCUAUGGCAAGGGCGGAGGAGGCGGAAAUUGGACUUGUGGCAUGUGCAACAACCUGAACUAUCCCAUGCGCACUCACUGCAACCGCUGCAAUGUGCCGAAGGAGAUGGGCAUGAUGGGGCCAAUGGGCGGCCAGAUGAUGCCCCCGAUGAUGAUGCCGGCGGUGAUGCCGACCAUGGCGCAGCCCAUGGCGCCAAAUGUCAUGCACGGUGGCAUGCCGUUCCAGCAGGUCAUGCACACCUAUUCCACGCGGACUGCUCCGACCCAGUCCCAGUCGGCAGACUGGCUUUGCCCAGUUUGCAAUAACCACAACUACGCGAGCAGGACACAUUGCAAUAGGUGCAGCAUUCCCAGGGAGACCAGGAUCUCUAACACAGGCAUGCGUGAGGGAGACUGGAUCUGUCUGUCAUGCGCGAAUCACAACUAUGCCAGCAAAACUACUUGCAACAAGUGUGGCGGGCCGAAGACCGACAUGCCGAAGCCCCCGCAGUUGGAGAAGAAGGGUACGCAGGAAUUCCGGGAGGGCGACUGGAUGUGCAGCACCUGCAACAAUCACAACUAUGCCAGCAAGGUCAGCUGCAACCGAUGUGGUAAUCCAGGUGGCAACCCAGCGGGCAACCUGGGUGGCAAUCCAAAGGUCGAUGUGCCAAAGCCACCAUCCGCACCAAGAGCUUCGCAUGGAUACCGGGAGGGCGACUGGAUGUGCAGCGCCUGCAACAACCACAACUAUGCCAGCAAGACGCAAUGCAACAGAUGUGGAGUGCCGAAGCCCAUGCAGCAGGCCAACUUGCCCCACGGCUUCCGGGAAGGGGACUGGCUGUGCCCCGCCUGCAGCAACCACAACUACGCGAGCAAGACCAGCUGCAACCGCUGCAAGAUGCCCAAGCCCGGGCCGACGCGGGAGGCAGCGCCACAGCUCACGCCAAAGUUGAUAUGGGUGCCCGUGAACCCGCUCCUCGCACCGCCGGUGGAGGUGGCACCCAACUUCACAGCUUGGCACUCGCAGUGGCUGAAGGCGGCAGAGGCGAAGGCUUCCAAGUCGGGCGAAGGCAAUCCUGAUCUGCUUUCGGUUGAGACGGAGGGAGAGGCCAUUUGGUGGUUGGCGCAGUGCUCCCUGGCCAGCGCCUCUGCCAUCAUGGAGGAGCAGGGCUACACGCUGCUGCACCUGGAGCACACCUUUGCAGUCUUCGUGCUGAAAGUGAUUUGGUCGGCAGUCGUGCCGCUGCUACGACGUGGUUCAUCGCCUGCCUCAUCAGGCCUUCCGCCGGCGUCGAGCCAUGAGUUGCCAAGCCGCAUAGGCAAAUCUUUGCAUUGGAGCGAGCCCGGAAGGUUGCAGCCACAAGAGGUGUCCCUCUACGACCACUGGCUCAGCGGUUGGCAUUGCUCCCCAGCAGCUCCGGCUUUGUUUGGCCUGGAGCUUGCCAGAGGUGCUCGAGGCCUGGCGGACCAGUCCCGGGAGCGGGUGUGCCACUUCAUCCAGGCCAACCAUUUGCCGCUGGCGGAGGGCACGGACUUCUGUGAGACGGGGCAGGAGCCGCACUCUUGGCGCUCCUGGGAGCUGCAGGACCCCGUGGAGGAGCACGGGAAGGCACACUUGUUGGAGUCCACUGGUCGGGGCCGAUGUCUCUCUGACCUAGGCUUCUGCGAGUGCUUUCCACCCUACCGCGGCAGAUUCUGCGAAGAUGAGCAGCCAGGCAAGCAGGACGGGCUUCGGCAGUACAAAGCGGUGCUGCACUACUUGGUGGGUGAUCGAGAGAAGCUGCUGGCCGAUUUCGAGCGAACAUUGCCCAUCCUUUGGAAGAGGUUUAACCAGCGCGAAGACUACCCAGUGGUGGUGUUCCACGAUGGCUUGAGCGCUUCCAGCCGGAAGCGAAUUCUGGAGGCGUCUCCAAACAGGAUUUGGUUUGCCUAUGUGCCGGACUACAAGUCGGUGCCCGCAUUCUUGCGCGGCCGCAUGGAGCUCGAGCUGGGCGGCUACGGCCUGGGCUACCGGGGCAUGUGCCGCUUCAGGUCUGGGCCCAUUUUCAUGCAGCCGGUGAUGAAGGGCUUCGACUAUGCAUGGACGUUAGACACGGAUGGCUACUUUCCGGCGGACCUGGACAGCGAUCCCUUGGAGAGGAUGUGGCGUGAAGAUCGCGUCUACGGCUAUUCGCAUGUGUCUCGAGACCAGGCAUCUGCUGUUCAGCAUUUCUGGGAGUUCUGUCGCCUGUACAUUGAGUCGAAAGGCAUAGACCCAAAGGGUACAAAGAUGAUGCGCCGACUCACGGACGCGCUGGUUCUCCGCGACACCUAUUGGCAUGAGUGGAAUCGCGUGCUUUUCAUGAAUGACAUUGAGAUUACGAAGCUGUCCUGGUUCCAGGGCGACCAGUACCAGGACUUCUUUCGCUUCUUGGACUCCGUGGGGGGGUUCUGGCUCUACCGCUGGGGGGAUCAUGCAGUUCGGACCAUCGCCGUGGCUCUGUUCCUUGACCCGGCGUUGCUCAUGAGGAUGCGCGUCCCCUACGGACACCAGAACACUUGCCGGUGCGGAGACGAGAGGCCCCAGGAGGUGUGCGUCCGCGCUUCCACCUCAGAUUGGUGGCGCUGUGUGCCUCGCGCGGAGGCAGCAGCCGUGCCUCAAGGGACCAUCGUCGCCUCAGGAGAGGUCGAGACAGUGAAGGAAGAAAUCCUCUUCGGGGGCGAGUAG